CCGACGUCAGGUGGGAUAUCUGACGGUGGGCCACCAUGUUUACCGACCACUUGGCUUACGUGUCGAGAUCUAAGUAUAGUUUUCCGUGAUUCAUAAUAUCCAACCGCAACUCUCGCUGUUGUUUCCUUUCCUCCACGACUCGUGUGUCACUUCACUCCCUCCCUUCUCUUCCCUUCACCUCAGAAAGCAAGUAUACGGAGAUGAAGCAAAUUACAUGGCCUGAUGCCUCUCGAUUCAAAUCUCUUCCUUUACCCAACAUCAAAUCCACAAAAGAAACCGGCGCUUCAAUCCUUUCUACAUCAACAAAAUCUUCCAACGCUGGCGAUUUUUCGGCGCUUCCUUUUGAUAUUUUAACUAAAAUCGCUGCUUCCUUCACCUCGCCUGACAUCCAAGCAGCGUCUCUGGUGUGCCGGUCGUGGAGGGAUGCUCUUCGGCCUUUGAGAGAGGCCAUGAUAUUUUUAAGAUGGGGCAAGCGAUUUAAGCACGGCCAAGGCGUGCGUCGGAAUUUGGUGAAGGCUCUCGACUCGUUUUUGAAAGGCGCGUCUCGUGGCUCUACCCUGGCCAUGGUCGAUGCUGGGCUCGUUUGCUGGGAAAUGGGUCGGAAAGAGAAGGCGAUUGCCUUGUAUUGCAAAGCCGCGGAGCUUGGGGAUCCUGCAGGCCAGUGUAAUUUGGGAAUUUCUUACUUGCAAGCUGAACCCCCAAAACAGAAGGAGGCCAUGAAAUGGUUGUCACAAGCAGCCAUUGCUGGGCAUGUUCGUGCACAAUACCAACUUGCACUUUGUCUGCAUCAAGGUCUUGGGGUGGAUCAUAAUCUACAGGAGGCAGCUAAAUGGUAUCUGAAAGCAGCUUCUGGUGGCUAUGUACGUGCAAUGUACAAUGUGGCACUGUGCUACUCAGUUGGGGAAGGUUUGUCGGUGAAUCGUCAACAAGCAAGGAAAUGGAUGAAACGGGCUGCUGAUCGUGGCCACAGUAAAGCACAAUUUGAACAUGGACGUGGCCUUUUCUCUGAAGGAGAGAUGAUGAAAGCUGUAGUUUACCUGGAACUUGCUACUCGUUCAGGUGAAGCAGCAGCUGCUCAUGUCAAGAAUAUAAUUCUCCAACAAAUCUCAACAACUACACGUAAUCAUGUUAUGGUUCUUGCUGAUAGCCACUGCGCUCUCUCUUCAUCUCACCGAGUUCUUCAAAAUCAAAGGUUAUUGCAGGGUAGCUUGGCUGGUAGACAAUCAAGUUAUAAGAAUCAACAGGCCAAAUAAUUUUUUGAAGACUUGAAAAUUUUCCAUCAUUGACAGGAAUAUAGUGGAAAAGUUGAUAAAUCUCUCUCUCUCUCUCUCUAACUUGUGUGGGAAGGAUUGAUUUACACAUGAUGUUUAUAGUGGAUAUAUCUAAUAUCCUGUAAUGGGGUUUUGUAGUUGAUGAAUAAGGUUUGUUUUUGUGGGUUGUUAAUAGAUGUAUAUUUGAUAUAUUAUAUGGGUUGUUUUCUUUA